CUUCGACUCGGAGCAGGGGAAGAGAAUAAAUAAAAAUAAAGCAGCAUCGACGGCGGGAAUUAAAACCGCGGCAGGAGAAGGACACCCAUUUGUGAUUUAAAGGGAAGGUGCUUCUCUUUGCGAAGAAAAGGUAAAGUGAGAAACCUCCAUGGAAGACACUCAGGAUUUAAAUGAACAGUCAGUGAAGAAAACGUGCACGGAUACGGAUGUUUCAGAACCACAGAAUUCCAGAUCUAUGGAAAUGCAGGAUCUAGCAAGUCCUCAUAAUCUUGUGGGAAGCAGUGAAACACCAGGCAGUUCUAAACUGGACAAAUCUAAUCUCAGCAGCACAUCUGUUACAACAAAUGGAACUGGCGGAGACAACAUGACUGUUUUAAACACUGCAGACUGGUUGCUGAGUUGCAGCACUCCCUCUUCUGCAACAAUGUCUCUUCUUGCAGUGAAAACAGAGCCUAUGAACAACAAUGAAACAACAACAACAAGUGGAGAUGGAUCUCUUGACACAUUUACUGGGUCAGUAAUAACAAGUAGUGGCUACAGUCCAAGAUCUGUGCAUCAGUACUCGCCUCAGCUAUAUCCCUCCAAGCCCUAUCCGCACAUCCUUUCUACUCCAACAGCUCAAACAAUGUCUGCCUAUGCUGGUCAAACUCAAUAUUCGGGAAUGCAGCAGCCAACAGUAUAUACAGCCUAUUCACAGACUGGGCAGCCUUACAGUUUGCCUACUUACGAUUUGGGUGUAAUGUUGCCAGGCAUCAAGACAGAAAGUGGACUUUCCCAAACACAAUCACCAUUGCAGACUGGGUGCCUUAGUUACAGCCCAGGGUUCUCCACACCGCAGCCGGGCCAAACACCAUAUUCUUACCAGAUGCCAGGUUCUAGUUUUACACCAUCAUCCACUAUUUAUGCAAACAAUUCAGUCUCAAAUUCUACAAACUUCAGUAGUUCACAACAGGAUUAUCCACCUUAUACAGCUUUUGGCCAAAAUCAAUAUCCACAGUAUUACUCAGCAUCAACAUAUGGAGCAUAUAUGACUUCAAAUAGCACUGCAGAUGGUACCUCUUCUUCAUCCUCAACGUACCAGCUUCAGGAAUCUCUGCCUGGGCUGACUAGUCAACCAGGAGAGUUUGAUACUGUGCAGAGCCCCUCAACACCAAUCAAAGAUCUUGAUGAGAGAACAUGUAGAAGUUCUGGGUCAAAAUCAAGAGGCAGAGGGCGGAAAAAUAACCCAUCACCCCCUCCUGAUAGUGACUUGGAGCGUGUAUUCGUUUGGGAUUUGGAUGAAACUAUCAUUGUUUUCCAUUCACUUCUUACAGGAUCUUAUGCUCAGAAAUAUGGGAAGGAUCCACCUGUGGCAGUGACGCUUGGACUACGAAUGGAAGAAAUGAUUUUCAAUCUUGCUGAUACACAUUUAUUUUUUAAUGAUUUGGAGGAAUGUGAUCAAGUACAUAUAGAUGAUGUUUCUUCAGACGACAAUGGACAAGACCUAAGUACCUACAGUUUUGCAACUGAUGGCUUCCAUGCAGCUGCAAGUAGUGCAAACCUUUGUCUGCCAACAGGUGUAAGAGGAGGAGUUGACUGGAUGAGGAAACUGGCAUUCCGUUACAGAAGGGUGAAAGAAUUGUAUAAUACUUACAAGAACAAUGUAGGAGGACUUCUUGGCCCUGCAAAAAGAGAUGCAUGGCUACAGUUAAGAGCAGAGAUUGAAGCCCUCACUGACUCCUGGCUGACGAAUGCACUUAAAUCAUUAUCAAUUAUUAGUACACGGAGUAACUGCGUAAAUGUCUUGGUAACAACAACCCAACUUAUACCAGCCCUUGCAAAAGUCCUGCUAUAUAGUUUAGGAGGAUGUUUUCCCAUUGAAAAUAUUUACAGUGCAACCAAAAUAGGAAAAGAAAGUUGCUUUGAACGAAUAAUGCAAAGGUUUGGCAGAAAAGUAGUGUAUGUUGUAAUUGGGGAUGGUGUAGAAGAAGAACAGGCAGCAAAAAAGCACAAUAUGCCUUUCUGGAGGAUAUCUAGUCACUCGGACCUCCUGGCUCUACACCAAGCGCUGGAAUUAGAGUAUUUGUAACUGUUGCACAUAGCUGACAACUUUUUUAUAUUUCACUGAAUUUUUUAUGUGUGAUCCGAUGCCUCUGGCUUUACACAUAUGUAUGGUCUUAAGAAGGAAAAGAAAUAUUUGGAACGAAAAUUCCAAAAUGAAGAAUCCAGAUCACUGAAUGGAAUUACAACAUUAAUUCUAUGCAAGGAUGCUCCAUAUGGUCUUAUAUACACAACAUUUCUGAUGAUUAAAAAACUAUGAAAGGAGGCUGCUCGUUCACACCAAAUGAGACCUAGCUAAAGUGAACAGCUUUUGCAAUGGACUCAAAGUGGGAAAGCAAUUAUAUGCAUUUUCUGAUCAACAAGGGUGGUAUUCAAAACAUUCCUCACUAUGGGAUAUAUUCUCAGCACUGAGGUUUGAGUCAAACUUUAGUCUACCUAACCCAGAAAAUCUGAAUUGGAAUGCACUCAGACUGUACAAUGACAAUCUCGUCUAGAUCUGUAAUAUGUGUAAAUUAUUGAUGAAAAUAAUUUACUGUGACUUUAAUUAGCAGCUGACUUGGAAGUGGAUGCAAUUUGUUUCAUUUUGAGUGUGUGUGGGAUGGGAGGGUAUAUAAUAAUUAUUGUCUCUUUUAUACGUUUGGCAAACAGAAUGUGCAUAAUGAUGUGUUGUGCCUUAAAAGACAAGAUCUUGUUUGUGUGUUACAAUGUAACAUUGGUUUAAAACUAUGUAGAUAAAAAAUAAAUCUUUGUGAUAAUUUUUUGAGAUGACCAAAUUUCAAAUUCAAGUAAUCAAAAAGCAGUGCUGCAUCCAAAGCAUUUAAAUACUUGUCACAGUAAGAAAAAGUAUAAUAAUUGAAAUCUUGUGUUUUUCUUUAGUUUCUUAAUAAUUCCACUGAAUGUAAGAGGUAAGUUAAGAAAAUAUCAGGAUGCUGAAAUGUUAUUGGGCUUGGUAGGGGAGAAAUCACAGUGGCUUAUUUCUUGAGAAUCUCUUCUCUAGCCUCACCUUUGAAAAUGCAAGAAUCAUAUUUAGGGAUUAUUUGCACAGCAACAAGAUUCAUUUUUAUGAAGAACAUUUUUAAAGAUAUAGGCUACUUGCCAUUUACUUUGUAUCAAAUUAUGUUUUAACGUAUUUAACAGGCAAUAAGUUAAAUCAGUAAAAAAGCAAAAUCUGUAAAACCAAUUCAGAAAGGAAAGGGGAAUACUAGUCCACUUCCAGAUAACGGGAAAAAAAGCCCCUGUUAAUCCAAGUGAUAUUGCGCAGUGCUGGAAAGCUAGAAAAGGAAUAAUAAAUAUAGUUUUAACCUGCAGAAGAUCAGUUUAGGAUUCACUGGAACUCUCUUCCCUCUGCUUCCUCUCCUAGCUAGCUGUUAGUGUCACAGCAUGGCAGUGUACUAGCAAGGACUUGCAACAUUAAACCUGUGUAUAUAACCAUUAUCCAGUCAGCUGUUCCACUUAUAUCCAGGGUCCUUACCUGUAAAUUGCUCCUGUUCUGGGCAUGCAUAACUAUAGUGCUACUGUAGGCUACUGCUUGCAAGAAGAGGUCAAUAUGUACUCAUCCAGCCACCCUAUCUCAUCUUCUCUAGGACUUGUGAACAAACUAUCCUCUGCUCUAAAAAUAUAGGGAUGGGGCCCUGUGAAAGAGGGGCAGGAGUCUUAACAGUGUACAUAGGCUUCCCAUUGCAAGUAAUAUGGGCUGAAGGUGUGCAUGGGUUUGCUGUUGCAAGUAACAUUGCAGUAUGGUGUACAUGCAUGUCUGAUGGCCAUCAGGAAAGUAACAAGAAAGAAAGAGAACUCCACUGAUGCCUGUGCUUAUCCCCUCCAACAGGGGCAGCUGCAUUAGAGGACUGAUGGCUCAUGCCUUUGGAUUUCCCCCCUUUUUUAAAGUUCCAAUUUGUUGAAGCAAAAAGAAAUGAAAUUGUCUAGAAAUGCCAGAACAAGGCUAGAAUAUUUCAGUUUGAUAAUUCAUUUUUAGUUUUCUUCUUUAGUAUACCAGGUCAAGAAAAAAACAGAAGGUUGUAUAGCCUUUCCUACUUAGCUUAUUUUCCACUUUAUGGUUCCACUGCCUUAAUCUAUCUCAAAGAUGACAUUUUUUCAAAGUUUUUUCUGCAAAAUCUCCUUUACAAUAAUGACGUGUGCAGUCCUACUGUGCAGUGGCAGUAUAUUGUUACUCAAAAGAGUGACAAAGCAAUGAGAUUAAGAGACAUGUAUGCAGUUUUGUCUUAAAAAGCAAUGAGUUUAGCCUGUACUGUGAAAUGUAAUGCAUUCCUGUUCUCCAGUUGGUAAGAUUCUUGAGUCAGCACACAUGAACAGGGUACUUUAUAUCCCUGUGGUGGUUGUGGUGGAGAGUUUUGUCAAGUCAGAGCUGAUUUGUGGCAAUCCCUAGUGGGAUUUUCAUGGCAAGAGACUAACAGGUUUGCCAUUGCCUGCCUCUACAACCCUGGUUUUCGUUGAAGUUCUCCCAUCCAAUUACUAACCAAGGCUGACCCUGCUUAGCUUCCAGGAUCUGACGAUAUCAAGCUUGCCUAGGCUAUCCAGGUCAGGGCCUUUAUCUCCCUAAGGAACAGAAGAGGGAAGUUGAUGUUCAGUUAAGGCAUGUGUUUCACACAUGAACUGCUUAAUAAUGAGAAUUUAAAACCUACACUGGCUGCAAAUUAUAUUCACAUUAAGCUUCUCAGCUGUUUUCUGGCCUGUAUUAAGAAAAUUCAUAACUAGCAGGAGAAAGAAUCAGUGCUUUUCAUGAAUGUGAAUAUUCAUUGACUUCCUUCAGAAAGAGUACCAAAGAAAUUACUUUAGCUCAGGAGUGGCCCUGUGUUGCUGAUUUCCCCCCCACCCCGGUUGACCACUAAUCAUGGUACCAAAAAGGAAUAUUUAAAUCAUAAUAUCAAAUCACUAACAUAACAGAGCUUCUUAUUGUCUAUUGGACAGGGAAAAACAUUUAUCCCUGGGGCGUUCAUAAGGAAUCUAUUAAUUGAAUGAAAUAUCUCGUAAGUGCCGUCUUCCAAUAAUAUAUGAUACUUAAGUGCUCUGUUUUGUCAAAUCUAGCUGCAAAUGUAGACUUCUUAUGCAAUUUUUUAACCUUUAAAAAGGUCCAGUUGAAAUUUAUUAAUUGAAAAUACGUAUCCCGCACUUUUUUUCAGUAUGCAUUUUUCAACACUGUAUGAUAUGCAGGGUAUGACAACAGCUUUAAUUUGACAAAGCAACAAAAUGUCAUUAGAGCUGCAUAUAUACAGAUGAUAGAGUGAUAUGGUCGCUAGUAAUUUGUUGCAUAUUUCAUUGCACAUCAUCAGCUCUCCUCUACUUUGUACUUCAUUGGGUCUCUUCUACACUGUUCUAUUCUGAUUCACAAAAUUUCAUAUUAAUCUGUAUAACCCAUAGUUGCAGAAUAUGAAGGGAUCAAAAAUUGCCAAACUUCUAGAUGCAGAAAUAAACUGUGUCAAAUUAAGCUACCAAGUGACAAUGUCUGCAUGAACAAUUGGGUUGAUAAUGAAUGCUGCCACUGAAUUUCAUCUAAAGCAAAAUUUGUGAAAAAUUUUGAGAGUGCUGCUUAAGUGAACAUCUUCAAGAAUUAUGGGAAUUUGAAAGGAAUUUUAGGACAUCAGAAGGAAUAUAAAGGAGCUGCCAAUUAGUGAAGUUAUUUUGAGGAGGGUGCUUCACACAUUGGUACCUAACUCAGAAUUUAAGAGCAAUCAAAAUAUUCCAAGUAAAUAUACACACACACACACAGAAUCAGGACCCUCUUCAUCAUAUCUUCCGACAUGGGGAAAAAAUACUCCAUAUUUUGAAGCACUGUGCAAUUAAAAGAGUGACCAUUGUGCCUUUGUAGUUGAUGCACCAGUAUAAAUGGAAAAAAAGCACUUAAAUAUUAAGCACUUUGAAUAUUGUGCUUGACAUACAGAAGUACAGCACAACUGGAUCUGAUGUAAAUAACUAAGAAAGAAGAAAUAGAUGGAUUCAAUUCAAUAAACCACUACAAUAAAAAUAGAAAAAAAUGCAAUAUAUGCAGAUUGUGCACAAAAAUACAUGGCAUGAUCUAUCCCCAUUGGGCUCAAUGGAGCUGUUCUACCUACUAGCCUGUGGCUGAGAAUCCAAGUUUCACCCGUGUGUCAGGCAUUACAUGAUGUGAGAGGCCCAUAUGUGGACAGGUCCUCCAAGGACCACACGUGCAAGCCAUUCAUGAUCUGCUUCUGAAAGUGGUAGAGGAUGGACCACGUCCACUGAACUGAUAGUCCAGUAUAUAAUGUUUCUUAAGUUGCAAAAACCUGGACAUACAGAAGAGAUAAUACAAUAUGUUUUCAUACUUUACAUUUAAGGGGAAUGAGUCCAAAAUCAACUGUUGAACUGCAUGCUCCCAAAAUGAUAGGUCAAAGUGGAGAACCUAAUCUGAAUCUUUCCAUGGCUUGAAGGAGUAUAGGCAACGCCCACUACAGUUUUAGAUGUGAUUUUCAUUUCAAAGUUGUGUCUUUCUCUUUUUUUAUUUUGGAGCCAUGUCUAGAUGCUUGAGUUAAUGUGAUAGAGAAGAACUUAACUGACAUGAGCCAAUACUGCAUUUGAACUCCCAGCAAUAGCAGCCUUGUGGAACUGUUGAGGCCAAGGGUCUAUGUAAUGUAAGUCAUAGUUUGUUUGGGGAUAACAUUAUUUAAGAAAAUGUAAAUUAAUAAUGAAAGCUUGUAAAAAUGUGUAUAUCUUUACUAUUUCUCAAUAAAUA